GGUGACUAGAGAGAGAGUGUACGCUAUGCAUCAGUCCAGUAUAGAUGGGGUGGAGGACAUGUCCACUCUGGCAGAACUACACGAAGCUGCCAUCAUGCACAACCUCUACCAGCGCUACCAGAAGGACAGCAUCUAUACCAACAUAGGCAGUAUCCUGGCGGCGGUGAACCCUUAUAAACAGAUCCCAGGCAUGUAUGACCUAGAUAGAGUUGAGCUGUACAGUCGACACCACAUCGGACAACUCCCGCCCCAUAUCUUCGCUGUAGCCAAUGAGUGUUACCGCUGCAUCUGGAAACGACACGACAGCCAAUGCGUCCUCAUCAGUGGGGAGUCGGGGGCUGGUAAGACAGAGAGCACCAAGCUGCUGCUCCAGUUCCUGUCUGUGAUGAGCCAGAACUCUGCUGGGAUGCCUCCUUCUGAGAAGACCACACCAGUGGAGCAGUCCAUCGUUCAGAGCAGUCCUAUCAUGGAGGCGUUUGGGAAUGCCAAGACAGUGUACAACAACAAUUCUAGUCGCUUUGGGAAGUUCAUCCAGCUCCACUUCUCCCAGAGCGGGAACAUCCAUGGUGGAUGUAUCGUUGACUGUAUCCUUCUCUCUCUGUCCCUAGUCCCUCCCCAUUG